AUGACAGAUUUCUGUGGAUAUCCUAAUAUUCUCAGUGUUUUGUUACCCAAAGUCAUGCUAACUGAAUCAUUUUCACUUCCAACUCUCUUUCAAUGGGCAAACAAAACAAUUGGACACUCCAAGAGUAAUACCAACAACAACAAUAACAAUAGUAAUAAUAAUAAUAUAGAAUUAAAUUCAAAUAUACAUUACCAACCAAUUUUAAAUUCAACAAGAGAAAAAAAACUAAAAAAAUCACAUAAAUCACCGAUAACUACACCGACAUCAUCUACCUACUAUUUGGAUAGAAUGAUUGUUGAUUCACCAACUCUAGCAUCGAGCAGCACAUAUCCAUGCGAUCUAAACUAUGAUCCACUGGAUUUGAAUGAAGAUGGUUAUAUGUCUCCAUCUUCUUUAAAGAUGAUGUUUGAACAGCAUCAUCUACAACAACAACAACUCAUUCAUAAUAGUAUUAAUAAUAAUAGCAAUAACAAUAAUAACAGCAAUAAUAAUGAACAAUCAAUAGAAUAUAUACAACAUCAAAAAUCAAAACAUAGUUUAUCACCAUUUUGUUUUUUAAAAUCCAACACCAAAAAAGUGUCCAACUUUACCAAACGCUUUGGUAAUAGGAAAUAUAUAGUAAUAGAGGAUCUACCAACCGAAGUAAUCAUUCACAUACUGGGAUUUUUACCAUUUAGAGACAUUGGAUUUGUUUUGCCAAUGGUCAACAAGAACUUUAGGGAUUUAUGCGGUGUCUUUGUGCUUUGGAAGAAUCUGUACAUUAAAUAUUGGUCAAAGAAGGGACACAAGAGAAACUUUAAUUUCCAUAACAUUCAUGGCUAUAUACCACCAUCAGCCAAUACAUUAAACUCACCAAGUCAAUCACCUCUGUUCCAGCCAAAGAAAACAAACUCCAACAAAAACUACAAAAAGAUGUAUCAAAUGAGACACAUUGUCGAGAAGAAUUGGAAGAAGGGUGUAUGUUCGGUUCAAACACUCUAUGGACAUCAAGAAGGCGUUUGGGGUGUCCAGUUCCAUGGUGACAUAUUGGUGAGUGGCGCUGAGGAUGGCGUUAUGAAGGUUUGGGAUACCAAAGAGGGCGAGUGCACUCAUACUCUGGUAGGCCAUACCGAUGUUAUCAAUUCAUUCCACUUUGAAGGCGAUCGAGUUGUUAGCGGUAGCGAUGAUUCUACACUCAAAGUUUGGAAAGCAAGUACGGGUCAGUGUGUCAAUACAUUCAAUGGUCACAAUGGAUCGGUAUGGAUGUUGGAAUUCAAGGAUCACUUUUUGGUCAGUGGCGGUGAUGAUCGCUCAGUACGACUAUGGGACAUGAACACCGGACAACAGAUCCAAUCACAUACUGGACAUACCGGAAGAAUCUACUAUGUACAGAUGGGUGACAAUAUGAUAGUAAGCGGUGCCCAAGACAAAUCGUGUAGAAUAUGGGAUGUGCGAUCAGGAAAAGCAUCGCAUACCAUGGUUUCAAAUUCACCUGUACACUGUUUGCAAAUGAAUUCCGAUCUGUGGAGUGGCGGCGAUUGGUCGGUUGCUAGCGGCCACAACAAUGGUACAAUCAGCGUUUGGAAUAUGAGAACUGGUUCUUUACAAGCCGUUCUAUCCAGUCCAUUAUGUUGUCCAGUUUGGCACAUUCAAUUCAGACAGAAUACAAUUUACACUUCCAGUUGUAAUAACCUACAUGCCUGGAAUCUUAACUUGGCUGUUCCAACCAACUCAAACUCUCAAAAUCAAAUGAGUCAACUGACUUGUAGUAAAAUUUUUAAAGGCCAUACUAAAUCGAUAAAACAUUUCCAAGUAAAGGAAAACAGGAUGGUGAGUGGUGGAAUGGACAACAAAAUCAAAGUUUGGGAUCUCGAAAAACCUGGAAGCAGCUAUCUCUAUACAUUGGCUGGUCACACUGGAAGUGUAGAUUGGUUAGAAUUUAAAAAGGAUAAACUAAUUAGUUGCUCUGCCGAUCAUACCAUCAGGGUUUGGAGUUUUUGGGAUUGA